UUUCUCCAUUUUGUUGCAUUAAUGGAGAACGGGAACAGUAUCUCCGGUGAUAAGCCGACGGUGAUGGUGACCAACGACGACGGAAUUGAUGCACCUGGUUUGAGAGCUCUUGUUGCUGCCCUCGUCUCAACCAAUCUGUUCCAUGUCCUCGUUUUUGCUCCUGACUCUGAAAGAUCGGCUGCUAGUCAUUGUGUUUCAUGGCAACGCGUGGUUACUGUUAAGAAAGUUGAUGUCCCUGGCGCCACAGCUUUUGCAGUUUCUGGAACUCCAGCAGACUCAACUUCCCUGGGGAUCUCCAAAAAGAUCUUUCCUUCAGUACCUAAUCUGGUUGUCAGUGGCAUUAAUUUAGGCUGCAAUUGUGGUUAUGACAUUGUUUAUUCAGGGACAGUGGGUGGUGCACGAGAGGCUUUCUUCCAUGGAAUUCCUUCCGUCGCUGUAUCAUAUGACUGCUAUAAUAUGGUUGGUCAAAAACUCAAUGUUGAUGAUUUUACAUUGUGUGCUGAAGCUUCCAUACCCAUCAUCACUGCUAUGUUGUCUGAGAUCAAGAAUAAGACAUAUCCUCAGAAUUGCUUUCUGAAUAUAAAUGUACCACGAGAAGUUGCCAACAACAAGGGCUAUCGGCUGACUAAGCAGGGGAAAUGUUUUUACAAAAUGGGAUGGACACAAGUUACUUCUGAAGCACAAGAAGGUACAACGUCACCAACAAAAGUAAUGGAGAUAAAACCACCAGAAAAUACAGAAGUAUGUACAGAAGAGAGCGCAUUAAGCACCAAAGAAGAACAUCUAGUGUUUAAGUUAGACACUGCAGAACCACCAGCAGUGGAUAAUGACGAUACUGAUUACUCAUCCCUUCAAGCAGGAUAUAUUACUGUUACUCCCCUUUCCGCCUUAUCUCCUGCAGAGAUAGAUAGUGUUGCAUUCUUCAAAAAAUGGCUUCCUGGUGUCUGUGAGCGCUUCUCUCACUCUUUGAUUAGGAGUGAGUUAUCCAUUUGA